AACAGGACACAUUUUUAUUUUUCACCAGAGUGGAGAGGAAGUUAGUGGUUUUGGAACAUACGCUGCCAGGAAACGUUCAUUUUAUUUGCUUGACUUUCUUGUAUGACUUUGCCGCUUUUAAAUUACAAAAUCGGAUGUACAUGUUAACCUCAUCAUGUGAAGACGCGCACUGAAAGCAAAUCCCUCCCAUUUUUAACCUCCAGCUGCCUUGUGAUCCAGUUCAAAUUACACCAUCGAAAUGGCCACACUGCUGGUGUGGACCUUGACACUGCUGCUAGUGUUUCCCUCAGCCUUUGGUCAGCAGUCCUUACCAGAAUGCAGCCAGUUGCUUUUGAACACCGAAAAUUCGCACCAAUCCGGUGUCUGGCGUGCUAAACUGAACCUGCCCGUGAAGAAGAGCGUUACCAGAUGGAUGGCGACUGUAAAAUUCUCUAGACCAAUUAACGAGUUCAUUAAUAGCUUGGCAUCUUCUACAGCAAACAACAACCAAACAUUCGUCCUCCGAGCGUUUCCAUCAAGUAAGCGUUUGAAGGCAGACAGUGUUUUGAAUCUGCAAUUCGAGGCGACGUACACUGGACCGCCGAGCACUUUGAGCAUCGAGAGCAUUAUUUUUGAUGGAAGCCUUGUUUGCAAUGCUAAAAGUGAUGCUGCGAUGGUUACACAAAUUAAAGUGUCCAACUCGUCGCUCAGCACAGGCAGACGCCGCUUGAAGUACGAAUAUGCCACAGUCAUGCACAAUUCAAUCCUCUUCUACGAGGCUCAAAGGUCAGGAGUGCUGCCAUCCAACAACCGAAUUAGUUGGAGAAAAAAUUCUUGCGUCAAUGACAAAGGCAACAACAAUGAAGACCUCUCCGGAGGAUACUACACCACUGGCAGGACCUUAAAAUUUACAUUCCCAACUGCAGCCGCUAUGACCAUUUUGGCAUGGGGAAUAAUUAAUCAUGAAGAAGGAUACAAAAGAGUCGGCGAGUUAAAUUCAGCAAAAGACGCCCUUAAGUGGGGAAUCGCAUACCUUGAAAAGUGUCAUACAAAGCCAGAGGAACUUUACGUCUUAGUUGGCGACGUGCAAAAAGAGGGCCAGGACUGGUGGGGCAGACCUGAAGACAUCAAUUUUCCUAGACCGGCCUACGCAGUCAACACGUCAAACCCUGGCUCCGAGGUGGCCGCGGAAACAGCGGCAGCAUUCGCGGCCAGUUCAAUUGUGUUUGCAGACGAUUUUGCCACUCGCAGCAGACUUCGGAAUCGCGCCAAGCAACUCUACCAAUUUGCGAAAAAUUACCGAGGCGAUUACCACGAGGCUGUCAAACAAGUUAUAAAUUAUUACAAAUCGUGGUCCCAUUACCAGGACGAACUGGUCUGGGCUGCUCUGUGGCUUUAUAGAGCGACCGGUCAAGAAAUUUACCUUACCGAGGCCAAAACCAUGUACGCAAGUUUCAAACUCACUGCCAGAAAAUUGGGCGAAUUCUCGUGGGAUGAAAAAACGCUUGGAGUGCGUAUUCUGUUGGCCUCCUUAACUGCAGAACAAGUAUAUGUUAAUGAGGCGAAGAGCGUCUGCGAUGAACUGACAAAAAAAUCCGAAUACAGAAACUCGCAGGGAUUUUUCCACAUAAGAGGCCAACCUGUCGGCGGCAUCAGAUACGCAGCAAACGUGGCUUUUGCCUGUUUUGAGCUCGGAGAGGUUUUGAUUGGGGAACUUGAUCUGCCCUCAAACCCGUAUCUGAAGUUUGCGUUGCAACAAGUGAACCUCAUUUUGGGUGACACCGGCCGCAGCUUCAUGGUCGGCUUCGGACACAACUAUCCGAAAAGAAUUCUGCACUACGGAGGAUCUUGCCCAAACAUCCCACAAGAAUGCGGUUUCAAGGAAAAAAACGCGCCAGGUCCAAACCCCCAAGUUGUGGUUGGCGCCUUGGUUGGCGGACCGGACGAAAUUGGAAAUUACAAUGACUCAAGAGAUAAUUACAGUCAGAACGACGUCGGCAUAGAUUACAACGCCGGUUUCCAGUCUCUGGUGGCCGCCCUGAUAAGCCUCCAUUGUCAUAACAAACUUCCCACCGAAGCGUACAUCACAAAUGCCAAUUAAUUAAUAGGAACUGUUUACUUUUUUUACAUUUUAUACUCUACAUCUGCCAAAUGUAGAGAUAUCUCUCUACCUCUCAGACUUAAAUAAUCUUUCUGAUUGCAAAAAUUGCAAAAUGUUUAACCUCAUAAAGUAUGAUGUGCAGGUUUUGUCCAACAAUUCCUUUUUUCUCUCAAAUAAAUUAAUGUUUUCAAUAAUUUUAUGAAAUCAAUGUAUUGUAACAAUUGACAAAUAAACAACAAUCAUUGGUAAUAAAA